CGCGAACAAAAUAGACAGAUCUCUAAAAGUGACAAAUAUGAUCGAAUUAUCUUUCAAAGAUAUUAUGGAUCAAUAAAACAAGGGGAGAUCGAAAAUCACUAUUCAUGUUACCAGGCUUCAGAAAUCACUCUUAAAGUUGCUAUCUUCUCGGCGAUUCCUAACCUAAGAGCGCGCGCGGUGCGAUUUAUUCGACGGUAGUUGACAGCGGAUUGUGGAGAUCAAAGCGUCAUUUUUCCAGAAACACCUUCGGCGAGAUAAAACGGAAGACUUCAAUAGCGAUCCUUGAAGGAAUCGUCCUGACUUGAUCGUCAUCUGAGAUUAGACGUCUAGAAUGUCAGUAGAAAAACAGCCGGAUUUUCGAUUAGGACCCGACCCUAACAUUACUUAUCCUAUUCAGGUCCAAUAUUGCGGAAAUUGUUCGCUACCUAUCGAGUAUUGCGAAUACUAUCCCGAGUAUGACAAGUGUAAGCAAUGGCUUGAAAGGAAUCUGCCUACUGAAUUUGAAAGAAUUAAAUUAGCUACAGAAGAUGGUUCUGCUGAAGCUGGCGGAGGAGAGGAUGAGAAGAAGCGGCAGAAGCGAGGUGGUAAGGGUAUGUUGAAGACCAAGAAGAAGGAAGACAUACCACGGUUAAUAACAGUUUCUAGAGCACCUAGAGGAAAAAAGAAAUCUGUCACAGUUGUAACUGGCCUUAGCACUUUUGAUAUAGAUUUAAAGAUAGCAGCAAAAUUCUUUGGCAGUAAAUUUGCUUGUGGAUCCAGUGUGACUGGGGAUGAUGAAAUUGUCAUACAAGGUGAUGUUAAGGAUGAUCUUUUUGAAGUCAUACCGGAAAAAUGGCCACAAAUUGAUGAAGAUUCUAUAGACGAUCUUGGGGAUCAAAAGAGAUAAGGCAGAUAUUAUACAUGCACAAUUGUAUUUAAUAUACUAUUUCCAGUCAUGUUUUAUUAUAAAAUAAAAUGUACAUA